AUGGGAUUUCCAGGAACGGGUGGGGUGGCUGAAGCGUUUUUGAGGGAGGUCGGGGUAGCUAACGCUUACAGAGGUUCUAGGAGGAAUAGGGUAGUUGGUGAGGGAUUUGAAAAUAAGGAUAGGGUAGAUUAUGGGAUCUAGAAGUGUUGCUUUAUAAUAGUAAUGUACUGUAGGGGAGGGGGGUGUGUUAGAGUAUGGUACUGUAGGAAAGGAUAGAUUAAGAAAGGGUAAGGUAGAAUAGGGUAAGUCAGGUUAUGAUAGGGUAGGGUAUGAUAGGGUAGGGUACGGUAGGGUAAGGUAGGAAAAAGCAGAGUUGGGUAGGAUAGUGUGGUGUAGGGUAGGGUACUGUAGCUUAGUACAAAAAGUGUUUACAUUUAAAAAAAAGGGGGGGGGAACCGAAAAAAACAAUUUUUUUAGGUCGGGGAGGAUAAAAAACUUUUUUGACUUCCCCUCCCCCCCCCUGUUUCUUCUACUUCCCUUAUUUACAAAUCAACCUUCUCAAAGUUACCAAACUUGCCCCGCCCUCUAUAAAAAUACACAGAGUACCACUAUACUCCCCUCACCUCCCCCCCCCCUUUAAACAGGGGGAUCAUGCCGUUUUCCUCUGUUCCUUACUGUACCGUGACCGCUGUACGUCAUCAUGAAUUUCAUUGUGCGUAUUUUACAAAACUUGCAACCCCACUAACUUAAAAUUGCAGUUAUGGACUUUGAAAGCCGGAUCAAGGCUUACAAAUUUGUGGCCUAUUCGGCCGUCACCUUCUCGGUUGUUGCCGUUCUUUCAGUAUGUGUCACCUUGCCCAUGGUAUACAACUAUGUACACUCUGUUCGGAAUCAAAUGCACAGUGAAAUCAACUUUUGCAAGGUAAUAAAUUUUACUUGAGUACUGUAUUUUUUACACUGUAAAAUAUUUUUUUUGGAAAAAGUGGGCGGAAAUGGGCAAAAAUGAGGAAAAUACCCAGCUUUUAGACGAAAAAUAGUACUGUUUCGACCAUUUCUUGGUACCAACCCAUACUUGUUUUUAUUUGCCAUGCUUUUUACUUUCUUUAUGAGUUUAAGUUUUACCAGAUUACUGUAUUUUUCUAAUUGUAAAAUGACUUUUUUGAGAAAAUAGAGCAAAAGUAGGCUAAAGGUCUAACUUUUACUAGGAAAAUAGUACUAUUAAGGCAAUUUUUGGAUACUUAUCAACAAUUUUUUUGAUUUGACAUGCCCUGUACUUUCUAUAAAAUACCAAUUUUUACCAGAUUACUGUAUUUUUCCUACUGUAAAAUACAUUUUUUCAAAAAAAAGCAAAAAAUAUCCAAAAAUUGAGCUUUUUUCCCAAAAACAACUCUAUUCAAGCCUUUUUGUGGUACUAAAAAAACCAAAAUUUGACAUCCCAUCUUUUCUGUGUUAUCUAAAAGAUCCAGAAAUUCAAAUAUUUGCAUUAAACAUCAAUUUGUAUCAAUAGAAACGGCAGGAUAUUCAAAUUUCCGCCGCCUCAAACACCCUCAACGGCGCUUUAAAAACGUUUUAUGGGCCGUUACUAAUCCAUGAAAAUCUUGUUUUUGCGCGACAAAAAACCUGUUUUUUCAGAUUUUUUUGCAGAAUUUUUUUGAAAUUUUCGGAAUUAUAAACGGCGUGAAAUUUAAAAUUUUUUAGAAUUUUUGAAAUUUUUGACGUUUUUUGUCAAUUUUUUGAAUUUUUAACUAAAGUGCCUUAAGGUAAAAUAUCAGAUUUUGUUACCAUGCUGUUCUACAGUGUCUUAGCUAUUCAUAAAUACCAAUUUUAAUCACUUUUACCCUUUAGGGCUCCGCCCAAGACAUCUGGAAGGAAGUCCACACCCUCAAAACCAUCCCCGUAGCCAACAACCGUACGGCUCGUCAAGCCGGCUACGACCAAGGAGUUGAGUCCGGUUCCUCCAGCGGCACCUGCGAAGGUUGUUGCAUUCCAGGCCCACCUGGACCAGCUGGCUCACCAGGCCGUCCAGGAAAACCAGGCAAACCAGGAGCACCAGGUCUGCCAGGAGCGCCAGGAAGACCACCAACUCAACCAUGUGAACCAGUCACCCCACCACCAUGCAAACCAUGCCCACAAGGACCACCCGGCCCACCUGGACCACCAGGACCACCCGGAGAUGCCGGCUCACCAGGACAGCCAGGACGUAAUGGAGCUGAUGCACCACCAGGCGAACCAGGACCAAAAGGACCACCUGGCCCACCAGGAGAACCCGGCCUUCCUGGACCACCAGGAGAGCCAGGUGCGCCAGCUGUUAGUGAACCAUUGGUGCCAGGAGAACCUGGACCAGCUGGUGGGUUAUUUUGAGGAAAAUCAAUUAUUAGACAAAAUGUCAAUUUUUGUGACAUUUCGUCAAAUUACCCAAAAGUUAAAAAAAAUUCUAAAAUGAACCCUACACACAACCAAUUAACUAAAAAUGCCAUUUUUCAGGAGAACCAGGACCACCAGGACCAGCCGGACCACCCGGUCAGCCAGGAGCCCCAGGUGCACCAGGAGCACCCGGACCAAAGGGACCUAAUGGACCAGACGGGCCACCCGGAAAUGAUGGACAACCCGGUCAACCAGGACCAUCUGGCCCAGCUGGUGCUGCCGGAGAAAAGGGUAUCUGCCCCAAGUACUGUGCUAUUGAUGGCGGCGUUUUCUUUGAAGACGGUACUCGGCGAUAA